UUCAAUCAAUUCAGUUUGGUUCCAACAGUUCAAUAUGUUGAAUCCCAAAAUUGUUUUAGUCGUAAUUGCUGCUGUCACAUUAAAAGUGUGUCAAUGCGAUGUAGCAGUCGCAAAUGAGAGAAUACAGCACAGGUUUCUGGGAACUCUUAACAGAUACUAUGUAUCUUCGCGAGAUCUUCUUGCCAAUGGAACCGAUUACAUUGACUUAGCAAAUUCCGAUGCAGCUGUUAGUCAGUUGCAGAUUCUCGAUGCGACGAAAAACGUUGCUAUAGUGAUCCACGGCCGCGACAGCAAUGCUUUUAGUGAUUUCGGUAUUAAACUCCGAGAAUCUUUUAUCAAUAGUGACGGCAAUCUGGUUGUAAUUCUUGUGGACUGGCCGUUUAUCUCUUCUAUGGACUACGCGACAAUUGUCAACUCCGUGCCAUAUAUCGCGGAUGACAUCAUAACCCUGAUUGGUCGCUUGGAUAACGCUGGCAAGAUCAAUAGGAGACUCGUUCACAUCCUAGGUUUCGAUGUUGGAGCACAUGUAGCAGGUCUCGUUAGCAGAGACGCGAAUACUCGAGUCCAAAGAAUUACGGGUUUAUCCCCCGCUGGUGACAGCUGGGUGGGGAAUCCCCGCAGCCUCAGAUCCACUGACGCCGAUUACGUUGAAGUCAUCCACACUGACUACGGCGGUCUUGGCAUCGGCAGCAACCUUGGCUCGGUAGACUUCUUCGCUAACUCUGGCGACAAUCAACCGGGCUGCACAGAUAAUCAGUGCGGCCAUGAUCGCGCGUGGCAGCUGUUUGCGGCGGCUUUGGACAUGGGAGGACAUCUCAUGGGUCUGAAGUGUGACGAUUAUGACGCUGUGAUUAACAAUGGAUGUAGGAGUGGUCCAGCUCUUGCUCUGGGCACUAAUGACCUGAGCAAAGAAGGGUCUGGAAUUUACAGAGUCAGUACGGGCGCCGAAUAUCCCUACAACGCGUGAUCCGUUCCAUACUCUUAUAAUUUAUUUAUAUUGUUUUAUUAUGUUGUUUUAAUAAGCUCUAAAUGAAGCAUUCUUACCACGUU